AUGGAUUUAAAAAAUACAACACCACCAUGUUUAUAUUCAUGUCAAAAAAGUUAUUUAUUAAAAUUAUUAAAUGAUAAAUUACAAAAAUUAUCAAAUAUUAAUUUAAUUAAUGAUAAUAUUAGAAAUAUUAAUGAAAAUGGUAAUAGAAUUUCACUUUCAACUAAAAAAUCAAUUACAAAACGUCAUGUUGAUUUACUUGUUGCAGCAGAAGAUGAUAUUUCACAAUCACAAUCUGUUAAAUAUUUACAAACUAAAUUAGGAAAUGAAUUAAUUUUAAAAUCUAGAAAUUAUGAAUGUGAUACAAUUAUUUUACCUUCACCUUCUGAUAUUGAUUAUGAAAAUAGAUUAUUUGAAUGGUGGAAUAAUUCAAGUAGAUUAGCAAUUAUACCUUUAUCAAAUCAACAAUUAGGAAUUCAUUCAAUUCAAUACAUUCCAAAACAUUCUGCAUUAGGAAUGGAAAGAAAUUCUACAAAUUCACUUCAUUUCGUUAAUAAGAUUCAUACUAAUUUAAGAGAUAAUGGUGUUGAUAGUGUUAUUGAUAUUAUUAGACAAUACGUUUAUUCUAGAAAUAGAAUUCAUACCAUUGCACAUUCUCAAAUUUCAUAUGAUCAUGAAUUGAAGAAUUUAUUUAUUCCUUUUAAUAUUAAUAAUAAUAAUACUAGUAAUAUUAAUAAGAAUAAUACUAGUAAUACUAGCAGUAAUAAUAAUACUGGUAAUAAUAAUAGUGCCAAUGGUAAUAUAGUUGCAAUUGGUGGAGUAGCACACAGUGUUGAUCCAACAUUAUUUCAACGUGGUAAUGUUGCUAUUCAUGAUGCAAUUCAAUUAUGUAUUCAAUUAAAUGAACAUGGAUUAACUAAUCAAGCAUUACAAUUAUAUGAACAAGAUUCUAAAUUAUCAUUUGAAAGAAUUAACAAGUAUAGUGAAGGUAUGGCAAGAAUUGGUUUUAAAAAGAGAGUUAAUAAGGUUACCAUUUUAUUUAAAUUCAUUUUUGAAAAAUUAAAUAUUAUGAGAUUUAAGAGAAUUGUUUCAAAAGUUAAUGAAUAA